AGCUUCACACUGCAGAACUUGAUCUUGACCAACACGUCUCAUUCAUGGGAAAAAAAACUCAACACUAAAACCAGAGUCUGAGCUGUAAAUACCAAGAAGGUUUCAUCAUCACAUUUGGAUACCUGGACUCUGACUCCUGGGAACAUUUUUUAUUUAUUCCCACUCCUUCCUCCUCUUCAUUUUUUUUCCCCACUCUUGGGAUUUAAACUUGCCCAGUCGGUGUGGUGGCCCCCUCCUUCCCGGAGAGGGUGCAAAGUGGACGUUGGCCCGGAGAUGCGGUCCUUUUUCCCGCUGACUGUGUAUUGCAUCAGCCUGGUUUCUCUCCACCGGCUGCUGGCUUUGCCUGCGGAGGAGCGUCCCGACGCGGACAGGCUGGACCUCCUCGACAAGCUCUUCAACCAGAUAGAGGAUAAAACCUCAGCGUCAGAAAGCCAGACGCCGUCCGUCGCCCCCUCCCAGGACCCCAGCGACACCCCAAAAUGGCUGCCUGGUUUCCUUAAACAGAAACCAGCUUCAGGAGCGAGAGCACCCUCCCCAAACUUGGCAUGGGCGAGACCUGCUGAGUCAUCGCAGACCGAGCGUAAGGUGCUCAGGGCUCGUCGGCACACCCAUGCGGGAUCACGAAAUGGUCACCACCACCCUCACCAUGCCCAAUUGAUGAGAGUGGGAUGCGUCCUGGGAACAUGUCAGGUGCAGAAUCUCAGCCACCGGCUCUAUCAGCUCAUUGGUCAGAGCGGCAGAGAAGACUCCUCCCCCAUCAACCCCAGGAGCCCCCAUAGUUACGGAUGAGUUCUAGCAACCUGAAACGCCCAUAGCAAGUCUAUCUUUACCUUCAUUUAUUUAUCUCCUAACGUAUUACUGGUAGUGUUGGCAUUAGAUUUUGAUGUAGUUCAUUUGUUAUCUAUUUUUGAAACGACAGUUUUAUUCCUCGUAAAUGUUCCUUUGGCUUUGUGCUGAUCAAUGGAUUUAAAGACUGAUGUUCAAGAUCCUGGCUGACUGAAUCUUCUUUAAAAGCCCAAAUCUGAGUUCUCCAUCCAACCAAUCUGGCUUCUCCAUUCGACUCUUGCACGCUUGAUUUUCAAGGAAGCCUAGUUAGAGUCUUGAAGAUUCAAAACCAAGAUAAUGACUGACUGAAUCCUCUCUGUAACCCAAAUGUUAUUCCUCUCUCCACCCUGGGAACUUUUGCCUUUUGAAGGAAGUCUCCCAGUCCCCUCUGAACUCCUUAAAGAAGCCGAUUGGCCUUAAUUUUACAUUUAAUCCUGUUAAAAUAAGAGUGAAGGCUUGUUCUCAACACCACCCAGCAGCCAAAUGACCUCCCCAUUGGUGGUUAUCCCAUGGCUCAUUGAUCAAACACUUAAGCCCCUGAUGUGGAUUUGAACCUGCUCUCAAACUCGGGGCCCUGUCAAAACCAAUGUGUCCCCAAAGACCCAACGAACCCUUUUACCUCUUCUUGUUGUGCCCACUCUGGAGCUCCCAGGUCAUACCCAGCUACAAGUUUAACAUGAACGCUGACAACCUUGGAAUAUCCCAAAAUCCUUCAGCGGGAGCAGGAAUUCCUCACUCAGCAGGACUCUGUGUUUCAGGACCACAGUUUACAACCAAAACCAGCCAAAGCACUUUGGCUACACCCGAGUUUAAGAGCAUUCUGGGGUCAGGACUUAACCACACGAACUGAGACUGAAGAGAAGAGGGUCAGCAUCCAGGUCCCUGAGAGGACCUGAAACAGACUUUCAGUGCUGCAUUAUUUUGGUCAGUUUGCCAACCCAGUAGGUGGCAAAGAAAACAUUUGGAGCCAUGGAUCAGUGCUCCGUCACUCCACUCCUAGAGGUCAAGUUUGAGAUAUUAUCCCUUUCACAUGAUUCAUGAAUUCCUCUUGCAAGUCAGGACUUUGGUUUGACAGCAGUUUCACUGACCUUAUCACACAGAAGGGGACGGGUUCCUGGUCCUGAGCCUUGCAUAGUCUCCAAUAAGAAACAAGACAUGCUAUACUAAAGGCUUGAUUCACCAAAUUCUGCACUCUCUUUGUUGGUUUUUCGUCUUCAGUCUGUGAAAUUUGCAGAAUCACUCUCCAAAACUGUCCCAAAAUCAAAAACUCUGUGUAUGUUUUGCGUUUGAUUUCAAGAGUUUGAUGCUUUAUAGAAGGGGGCCAAACAUGCAAAGUUACAUAGUCUGGAAUUAGCCGUACAAAUGAACCCUUUACCUUUGCUUGGUACCCUGACGUAACUACCUGACGUGUCCGAGUUCAAAGGGUAGCAGACUUUUAGACGUCCCUCCAAGAGAGGACUUUCGAAAUGUAGGCUUAAAAAAGGACUGGUGGAAAACUCCCAGAAUGAUUUGCCAAUGAGGCAGUAAAACAUGACACGUAGAUACCAAAGGGGAAAGAUCCAAAGUCAAACAAUCAUGUGUUUAAUUUUGGUAUUGUCAUGGCACAGUUUUGGUUUUGUUACAACCAGAAAAUAACCAGAACUAGAGAAGAGGCCAAUCUCUAAAUGAUUUAAAUCCUCCUCCUAUAACCCAACGUUUCUUGAAGGCUUCACGGCACAGGAUGUUUUUGGGCAUCAUUCCCAAGUCUUUGCCAAACUAGAGGUCAUAGCAAGACUUUUAAUGUUGGCAAACCCACCAAUCAUCUAUUAAAGCACAUUUGCUUUGAGAUAUAAUGGAUGAAAGGAAUGUUUCUAACGAGUGAAAGCAGGUUUUUGAAAGAGAAUAACUGACAGCACGUUGUAGUUCAUGCACAGUUUUAUUGGCAGCAGCAGGCGCCCUUUUUUGUUCACAUGUAGUCCGUGUAAUGGGUUUAAAUUAGUCGGGCGCUGGAGGGAGUACGCUCUGCUGUUACAUUGUGGGUUUCUAAUGAGAAACUCCAGCAACCAAAAUGUUAGGUGUCAGAGUGCCUGUUUUUCAAAUAUGUACACAGAAUGGCCUAGCACCAUCAAAAAUACAUGCCCUCACAUUUCCUUUUUCCUAUGUUUGCCCGUCUCUGAAAUGGUGGGCAGAUUGCGGGCCCAGAAUAACUGAGGUCAAGCUCUGCAAAGCAAGCGUGCCAGAACUCAACGGGCCUUAAACUUUCCAAAAACUGCAACCAGAUCUAUAAAACGUACAUUUGUGUAGAGAUAUUACUUAUUACUUGCAUACUUCUGAGCUUCUAUUCUCAGACUUUGACUUGUGGUUGCGUAUUUCAAACUGUUGGCCCACUUUCUGAAUUUGGUGCACAGUCCAGCUUUGAUUAGUGUUUUUUGUGUUUUAGCCUUUGCUAUUGCACGACAUUUCACAACCAGCAUUAGUUUUACUCACCAAAUACCUGGCGAUACUUGACAAAUCGAAAGACUUUACAACAUGUGAUCUACGUCUUAUGAAAAUGUUUUCUUUUAUAUCUUAAUCUUUGUUUUUUCUGAUUUCACUUCGUGUCUUUCUCUUCUUUUUUUGCAUCAGUUCUUUCCUCUCAUAUUUAGUCUCGAUCCUGACUCUCUUGUGUCUCUAAGCAUGAGGGGCCUGGAGGUCACAGGGUUAUAUUCUUCGGUCUUAAAUCUAAUCUGUUCAAAGGCUUGCUGAGGUGAAACAUGCCAUUCUCUCUGCUGUAAUGGAGCUAAUCAAUGUCUCGUGACGGAUCAUUAAAAGACUUUUGAAACGCUCUAAAACCCUGGUGAAUCUCUCUACUUUUUAAAAUGUGCCAAUUCUGUGUUUGAGCUGCUGUACGUCAUCUAUCAGGAGACUUAUCUCCCGUGUUGAACUUAUGCUUCGGACCAUUGUGCUCUCUGUCUUUGCAGUACAAUUUUGUGACGUCGGAAGUUGCGUCACGUAAAGUUGCGUGAGCACGACCGCUAAUACCUCCCCGUAGAAAUAUCCAGAGCCUUCAUGCAGUGUGCAAAGAGAACUGAGUGCAGGCAGUUAGCAUGUGAAAUGUUUGUGUUAGUCGGGGACACAGAUGCAGGUUUUUGAAAGUCCCAUGAUCUCCUUUAGGGUCACAGGAAAGCACUUUAAUGCAAACAUUUGUGUCUCCAGUUUCUUAAUGUCACUCUUUGUGAUGAACGUGUGAAAAUCUGAUGAGCUCCUCUUGUAAAUGUUGCAUUUGAGAUUAAAUGUGUUUGUAGAUGUCCGUGCACUCCAUGUGGAUGCACCUCUGAAAAGUAUAUUUAUAUCUAGCCAAACUAUUUAAAGAAAGUUAUGUAUUUAAGUUAUCUUUGUAUGUUCAUAUCUGUAUGUCACCAAAGACUAUUUAUCUCUCCUUCAACGUGACCUUAUGGUAGGAAAGGAAGUCUUAACUGUAGUUAAAGUGUUACUGUUUAACGAUGUCCUUCACUCUGUUGAAUAAAGAACUAUACUGUA